AUUUUUGUUCGUCCGCAGAGCAUUGCUAUCGCAGCCGGUGCAGUGCGUUACGCGUCGUCCGUGUUGUUGGUGUUUUUUUUUUUUUAUGCGUUUAAUUUAUCAUUACCCAUUGCAUUUAGAUACAGUGCGAAAUUCAAAUCAUUCUCGUUAUUGUAUAAUAAACGUCGACGGGAAAACGAGAGUUACGAUCGUAAGAUAAUAAAUUAAUAAUAAUAAUAAUCAAUUAUUGUCGUCGCGUCGUCUGUCAGACCGCCAAAGGGGAAUUUCAUUGUCUAGUGCGUGUCUGCCGCCGUCGUAACACCGUCAGUGCAUCGCGUAGUUACAGCCGGUGUACAGUGCGUUUUACCGACGCUCCCGUUACUGCUUACCAGUUACCGGGUAUAAACGCGUUAACGUCCAUAAGUAUUUAGAGACGAGUGCGAAUGCGCGCGCGCGCAACACCGAUUGCUGAAGUUACUAUUAUCAAUUAUCAUACGGUACGGCGACAGUGAUCGUCCCAGUACCUCUGUGGCUCCGUAUUUCCAGAUUUCGCAGAGACCGGUUCACACGCCGCGCGAAUCAUGUUCGUUGACGUGCUCAAACGGUACUUGCUGAUCGUGUGGAACUUCUUCUUCGGACAGGUUUCUACAGAAUCGAUCAAAGACAGUCCGUCUUACCCCGAGGAGAAACCAGACAAACCAAAAGUUUUGGCUGAUGUAAUUCCACCUGCCGAGGUUGAUGGCAAUGAAGAUAAGAUCGAAAAUAAAGACGAAGAAGAUGACGAUAUCGAAGAGAUUUUUGAUGACGACGAAGAUGAAGAAAGAGAGGAAAUAGAACUAGAAGAUGAAGACGAAGUUGAAGAGGAUGAAGACAAGAAAGCAGCGAUUGUAUCCAAAAAACCCGAAAAUAAUGUAACAAAUGACGAACCUAUUAAACCCAAUGUUUUGCCAAACAAAAUUGAAGAGGUCAAAGUACCGGAUGUGCUGCCAAAACCAAAAGACGAAAUAAAAAAACCCGAGCCGCCAAAGGUCCCGAAAGAAACUAGUGAAAAAGAAAAGCUGAAAAUAGAUAUCGAUAACGCGAAAAAAUCAGAGAUUCCUGCCAAGUUAAAGCCAGAAUUCGAGGUAUGUGAGAGGGAAGGAGCUCCGUCCACCAAACCUGAGGCACCUGAAAAGGAUGAUUCCAAGUUCAAGUCAUCGGAGUUUGAAAUAGUGGAGAGGGAUGACAGAGACGUACCACCGCCAAAGCCAAAGGCCGAGUUCGAAAUUGCCGAGAGAGGAACGGCGGUGAAACCAGUGCUGCCGCCACCCCCUCCACCGUUGUCGUCAUCGACGACGAUUAAAGGUGACCCAGCUACCGCUCCGGAUUCGGUCAAAGACAACACUAGUCAGCCAGAAGUCAAAUUUGACAGUGAUGAUAAAAACGCACUGAAACCGGCGGCGCCGGGAAAAGCCGUGGCACACGUGAAGUUUCAAGAAGACGAAGACAACAAAAUUUCGGGUAAAGGCCUUGAGCCUGCAGUGGACUUUGUGACUCUGGAAAAAGGUGAAACAAACGUCAAACCACCGGGAGCAACAACAGGUAAUGCUACCGCCGGAGAUGCAGUAGGUGAUUUUUUGUCAGCCGAACAGGCGCACGGCGGUCAACUCCUACACCGCGACCAUGAAUCCAUUCAAGACCAACAGCUGGAUUAUAGUGAUUCCGGUGAAGAGUUAUCUGACGACGACAUUGAAAUCGAUUACGAAGACGACGAGGACGACGAAGAAGUGGUUGAAGUAAAACCACUGCCGCCAGUCGCACGUAGUGUUUAUAAAAAGAACGACUGAACCAUCGCCGUGUUUUGUUUAGUCGUCUCGGCGAGCCAUUGUAUAAAAAUAGUUAAAACACAUAUUUUUCUUCUUUUUAUAAUUGUAAAUUAAAUUAAAAAAAAA